AUGGAAAACACAUACCCGCGGAGGCUCCAAUCACAUACAGCCACGUCACAACAGCACUCUUCUGGGCCUCGUCUUCUACGCAGCAGAAGCGGAAGUAGUACUUCUCCGGCGAUAAACAACUCGUUAUACUCUCCGAGCCCCAGCCACAGAUUCACCACUCCCCGGUCGAAGUCCACCGCCAAAUCCAGAACCGGUUACAGAGAUGAAGAGAAAACGGUAACUUCCAGCAUGCAAAAGAAGGGGCAAGAAAAUAGAGAAGGUAAAAAUAAUAGUCAGAAUGCUACUUUUGCUAUCCCUAGGUUUUUGCUGCAGCGCGGGAAUACUAGCCCUAGUCCGAGUCCACGCCCUAGCUUUGGCUCGACGAAGGGGAGGAAGUCGCCGGUCUCUCCUUCGGCUUGGGCGUUGUCUCCGGGACGGUCUUUGCCAUGCACGGUGGGACCGGAGCUGACUGCGGCGGCAGUGGCUUCGCCGAGACCGAGGGUGAAGUCUAGUGGGGGUGGAGUUGGUGGGGUUUUGAAGUAUUUUAGGCUUCCGAAGAAAGGGAUGACUAUACAAGAGGAGGAGUUUCAUCAGUUUCGGAUUUUGCAUAAUAGGUUGCUCCAAUGGAGAUUUGACAAUGCUCGAGCUCAAGCUGCCAUGGUUGCUUCACACAAAGUUGCAAAGGACAGAAUGUUCAGUGUGUGGCUUAGAAUUUUCAAAAUGAGGAACUACAUCCUAGAUAAGCAACUACAACUGCAAAAGCUCAAGCAUCAAGUGAAGGUGUAUCAAAUUGUGUACCCUCAAAUUUCUCUACUGAACGAAUGGGGGAAAUUGGAGAGAAAAAAUCAAGAAUCUGUGAGCAGGAUGGUGAGGAAGUUAUCCGGAAUUUCAAAUAUAAUUCCUUUGGUAAAUGAUGCUAAGGGAGAUGUGGCGUCUAUAUACGAAGCGAUGAUCACGGCCAUGGAUGUCAUGGCUGGUAUUCAAGCAACGGUCACUAAAUUGCUCCCGCAGCUCGAAAAGCUGCUCUACAUGGUUACGGAGCUUUUGAUCAUGCAGAAGCAACAAAGAGAAUUAGAGAAAUAUAUUACAUCGGUCGUUGGUCUUAUGCUUCAUAGGUUCUCCGGAUGGUGUUUGGAAGUGCUUCUACCACGGCAGCAAUUGGCGUCUUCUCCACCUCUUCGCGGUCUCUUUGGCAAGAAACUUGAACAUCGAGCCCGUAUUGGUGGUCACCUCAGUGAAAGCAAGAAGGAGAGCCAGCUGGUGUACCCACGGUGUGCCGAGUAG